CUGAGGAAUUUUAUUUACAGAUACACAGUGCUGUUGAUGUGCUUUAUUAAACUCUCCUUCAUACGUGACAUUUAUGCAAAAUGAGUUUUAACGUGAAUUAAACAAAUAACUUGCUCUGAAGGGGUUUCCCUAGAUAAAAAGUGUCUUAUUUUGGUGUCAGGUGAUAUAAGAAUCCCCAUCUGGGGCUGUUGCUGCAAUAACCUCCCAAAACCUCCCUUUGCAGCCAAGCUGUGUUUAAUCCAGACUUUAUGUCUUUGACUUGGGCCAGGGAAGACAAAUUUCUCUGUACAAGUAAAAUUAAUAACAGUUUAAAUCAUAUUAUAUGAGAUAACGCAUUCUGAGUACAAAUUAAUGCAUGUGGACUGUGUUUUCCAAGCAGGAACUGUGCAGAGGAUGGGAUGUCCUCAGUCUACUGGAAUUCUACCAGCAUGUAAAUAAAACCAAACCGGCAUUAAAAACAACUAGCUGAGAUAAUUCCUUAGAAUUUUCCAAAAUCUUUUGCAGCAUCCCCCAUUAUUUUUAAGAGCUUUUUCUCAGUAAAAUCCUCCAAGGGUCAAAACUGGCCAGGAGACAGAAACACAACAAUGAUUUUGAGGUGAAAGGAAGAACAGAGGGAAAGAUUUCUGAUCCCACCAUCAGCUGCUCGUCCUGUGGAGUGGAUUUAAGAAGAGAGAAAAUGUUCCUGCCCCAGAGGUCUCUGCAGACAGUUACAUUUUUGGCAAUUCUUUUUUUUGCCUGUUUUGCAAUGUGUCAAGAGAUUGAAAACAGAAGAGCAGUGACAGAGCACCAGCUCCUGCAUGACAAAGGGAGGGCCUUCCAAGGGCUGAAGCGCCUGCUGUGGCUCCACGACGCCCUGGGCACGGUGCACACAGCCAGCAGCAGGGACAUCCCGCCCCCAAAUGCCACGUGGGAUGUGCAGAAGAGCCCAAAUCCCUCAGAGCUCCACAGCAGCAUCGAUGGAGACGAGACUUCCAGCCUGAUGAAGCAGCUGCUGGAGCUGACGGAAGCACAGGGGUUCCUCCCGUUGGAUUUGAAGAGCCCAAAGGGGAACUGGAACCCACGGGGCCUUUUUGAGCUGCUCCAAAGCAAAGAGCUGGGCAGCAGGAGAAAUCCCAGCACGCAGCCCCAGGACUAUUCCCGUUAGCCCUCAACCCCCCCCUGGGCUGUCCCUUGCUUUACACGUGUGCUCUUGUAGGGAAAAGCUCCAGCACAAAGGUGAACUGCAAAAUAAAGAUAAUUAACUGCA